ACGAUAGGAACUCCCAAACGACGAAGGAAACACCCGAUCACUUGCAGUUUUGUUCAAAACAUUAGCGUUUUAUGUUCGUGUACGCGAUCUACGUUGAAGGGAUAGUGCCAAGAGACGCCUCGAUAACCGAGAAACUCUAGCGUUUCGAAAAUUAUCGUUAACAGAGAAACAUGGCUACGGCAAACGCUAUCGGCAGUGUACCUCCGGGACAAUCGGAAAAUGGGUCAGACACAGACGAACUUCAAGUUCAGCAAGAUCGGGAUGCUAGCAAAUCAGAGAAUUCGACCAACAUGAUCCGGAUCAACCCGGUGGUGACGAUAGAGGGCGCCACCGAGGCUGGCGGCGCCGCGGACAAGCGCAGCCCACGCACGUCGCUCUCCCAGGGGGCGCCGCUGAAGCCCGCGACGCUGCGCAGCCAAGCGAGCAUGCGCGGCGAGCGGGAGAAGAAGAAGAUUGGCCAUCGGCGCGUCGACGCCACGGGUCAGGUCUCCUACAAGAAGGUUGCGACGUCGCAGCUGAUGGAGUCGAUCCAGCUCGGCAUCCGACACAUGGUCGGCGGUCUGUCGUCGAAGCCGGAGCGUGACCUGCUCAUGCAGGACUUCCAGGUCGUAGAGACCGUCAUCUUUCCAAG